AGCUGCGGGCUCCGGCAGCCGGGCUGUGCAGGCGGGGAAGGGCGGUGGAGCCCCGCGCUCCGAUGUCUGAGAGCCCCGUCCUGUGCCGGCCCGCUCCCGGCACCCAAAAAGAAAGCAGGGAAAGCGGGCAGAGGCCCAGCGGUGGUGGAUGGCCUGGCCCCGGAGGACAUGAGCCGGGAGGAGCUGCUGGAGCACACGGCGCGUCUCCGGCAGGAGCUGGAGCGGGAGCGGCAGGAGCGGAGCUCCUUCCAGCUGGAGUGUCACAGGAUCCAGAGCUACUGGGAGAUCACCCGCCGCGAGCUGGAGGAGAGGAAGGCGGAGCUGCGGAACCGGGACCGCGAGCUGGAGGAGGCGGAGGAGCGGCACCAGCUGGAGAUCAAGGUGUACAAGCAGAAGGUGAAGCACCUGCUGCACGAGCAGCAGGAGAACCUGACGGAGCUGAAGGCGGAGGGAGUCCUGUCCCUGAGGCGGGCCCAGAAGGAUCACUGGGACCAGGAGCAGGAGCUGUGGAAAGAGAAGCGCUCCUUGAACAUAAGGCUGAAGGAGCAGGAGUUGGCCAAUGAGGCAGCCAUUACAAACCUCUGCCUGAAACAUGAGGAGGAGAUGGCCCAGCUACGCAGCAACUUUGAGCUGCAGACCAAAGAGAUGGAGGCCAAGUACACCAGGAAGAUGCAGGCGCUGCGGGAUGAGAUGGACCUGCGCAGGAAGACAGAGAUCCACGAGCUGGAGGAGAGGAAGAACACCCAGAUCAGCGAGCUGAUGGGGAACCAUGAGGGGGCUUUUGGUGCCAUCAAGAACUACUACAACGAUAUCACCGCCAAAAACCUGACACUCAUCAAGCUGCUGAAGGAGCAGGUGGAAGAGCUGAAGAAGAAGGAGGCUGUCCUGGAGAAGGAGAAGGCAGACGUGCUGCGAGAGAACAAGGGGCUGGCAGAGCCGCUGCAGGAGGCCCAGGGGCUGGUGGCUGAGCUGCAGAAGAAGCUGGUUCACUACUACAGGGACAAGGAGGCCCUGAUGAACUCCAAAGCCCAUCUGAAAAUCACCCAGAAGGAACUGAAGGACCUUCAGUGGGAACACGAGGUGCUGGAGCAGCGGUUCAGUAAGGUCCAGGAAGAGCGAGACGACCUCUAUCAGAAGUUCACUAUAGCCAUUAACGAGGUGCAGCAAAAAACGGGGUUCAAGAACCUGCUCCUGGAGCGGAAGUUGCAGGGACUCCUCACCCUCCUGGAGCAGAAGGAGGUGGAGCUCAGCGAGGUCCUUGCAGCCUCCAACCUCGACCCCAGCGCUCUCUCCUUGGUCUCGCAGAAGCUGGAGGACGUGCUCAGUUCCAAGAAUGCCACCAUCCAGGACCUGCAGCUCCAGCUGGCCAGAGUCUGCAAGGCACACAACGACAUGCUGCAGACCUUCAAGGCAAAGCUGACAGCCUUUGGCAUCCCCCUGGACAACCUGGGCUUCCAGCCACUGUCCUUCCCCUUCCCGGGGCAGGAACUGGGGCAGGGCCCUGCUGGACUCAUUUCAGUGCCCACCUGAUGCUGGCAGCACUGAGGGUCCCACUGGCACACUGCUAGUGGGGCUGUGCUCUUUUCCUGCUCCGUGUCUUUAAACAGACCCCAGUGAGCAUCUUCAGGAGCCUCUCCUCCCAAGGGGGACCGCAGCUGGAGGGCUCCAGGCAUCUCACCCACCCCACCAGGCCACCUGGGGCCACCUCUGUUCCCACAAAAGUGGAAGGAGAUUUUUUGAGACAAA